GUGUUGGAUUGUCAUGUGUCCUUGCAUGCAGCAGCAAGCUAAAGGAAGCGCGCAACCCAGAUCCCACAGUCUUCGUGUGGGCUAGACAAAAUAACACAUAGAUCGGUGUUUUCUUUGUAAUGGUCGAUGUAUUACGUUACAUUUAACGGGUAUGUUUACAGCAAGCGCCACAUUUCGACCUUUUAACGCGGGAAUAAAGAUGCACAAGCGGGAUUGAAACGGGAGCUGUCCAGCAUGAGGUGCUGAUCGGCGGCCUUCAGUGAGCGAUGGCGGCGGGGAAGUGGCUUCUGUACACGGGUCUGUGUUUGUCUCUCGUCGCCUUGUGUUUUCUUACUCUCGCCAUUUCAUCGGAUCACUGGUACGAGACGGACGCGAGGAGAUACAAGGAGCGUUGCCGUGCUUUCUCAAACCGCAGGAGCGAUCCGGGAUUCAUUUACAUCCCGAACCACAGCCUUCCUCUGCGAGCCAGCAGGGCGACUCUGGAGCGAUGGGAAGACCGACUGCUGCUGUCCAGAUCCCGGCGGCAGAUGUUCGCCAUGAGCACGGCGGAUGAGUGCAGCAGAGGCUACAAUUCAACCAGUAUGGGUCUGUGGAGCAAAUGCUACAGAUUGGGAUUUGACCCAGACGUCGAAGUGCUCAUCCAGAAAGGAGUUAUCGAGCGUUGUUCAUUUAUAAAGUACUAUUACGCCGCUGCACCGGCACGAAAGGAUCUUUCCUACAAUAUUACCAAAACUAUCCAGCAAGAUGAUUGGCAUGCCUUGCAUUUGCGUCGGAUGACAGCUGGAUUCAUGGGUAUGGCUCUUUCCAUCAUUCUCUUUGGCUGGAUCAUUGGCGUUUUGGGCUGUUGCUGGGAACAAGGCCUCAUGCAUUAUGUUGCAGGCCUUCUUUUCCUAAUGGGAGGUACCUUCUGCAUCAUUUCUCUUUGCACAUGUGUUGCUGGCAUCAACUUUGAACUGUCUCGCUACCCGCGUUACCUGUUCGGCCUGCCGGAUGAUAUAAGUCACGGUUACGGCUGGUCUAUGUUCAGUGCCUGGGGAGGACUGGGGCUGACCCUCAUAGCCGGGUUCUUCUGCACCCUGGCACCGUCGAUUCAGCCUCCCCCACCAUCUCGUACCUCCUGUCCCAAGUCACGUAUGGAGAACGGAAGAGUGUGCUGAAGACACGAACAAACAAGUGACACAUGCUGUUUAUAUACUUUGAAUUGCCGGUGAUGAAGGACUCAUUGGAAGAUGUUAAGCCAAGGCCGUGUGGCCUUUCUUUGCUUUUGGGACUCUAUUGAUGUUCUCUGUAAUAAAAGCACAUUUGUAUAGUUGACAUCACUCUAGUAUGUCCUUGGUGAAGCGGUACUUGGUGUUUGUCCCCGUGUUCUGUAGCUUCUUUAUCGCCUCGAGCGUGUUUGAGUAAAAAUGACUUAUCAAAUAUCUCCUGUAAAUUCACCAUCAAUUUCACGAUGUGCUGUUGUUGUUUUCGAUGUCUAUAAUUUCUUCACUGGACAAUAAAAUGUGUUAAGAGAUGAUCCUA